AUGCCUGCCGCCCCAGCCCCAGAGAAGCGCGCGGCGAUGGAGCAGAAACUCGGGGAAUUGAUACAAAGAGCUAAUCUUGGGGUGGCUGCCCCGAUAACUAGAGCCAUCGAGAACCAUGAGCUCUGGACUCCGCCAACCCCAAACCAGACUCUGUACCACGUGUGGGACUUUCUGAAGAGGUCGAAUUUCGUCCAGCUCCUGGUGAGAACUGGUGCUGCUGCGGCCAAAAAAGUCUACGACGAUGUGGUCGGCAGGAAUAUGAUGGCGCAGAUGAUGGUCACUGAUACCACGGGGAAGACGGCUAUGUUGACUGGAAGCUCAGGGCCACCUGUAGACUUUGGCAGUAAUGCCAAGGAGAAGGUCAGAUCUCUAAAUUCCGUGUAA